AAGGCUAAUCCCUUUGCCAUAAAAGUCAAGGUUUGACAUUUAGCAAAGGAGACUGAUUGAAUAGUGUGGCAGGGGCUUUGAAAGGUUGCAUCAGAGCAACACACAAGGAGUUACAGAACUGUGAAAGGAAUUGGGUGUUUCAGUUUGAGCUCCACUUUGUAUAAUCUGCUGAUAGUUUUUGCUCUGCGAACACAGGCAAUUUGCCGAACUACCGACCACGUUAAUUCCUUCCUGCUAUAAAGGAGUUAGAUGGACAUGGAGAGUACUACUAUACGAGCUACUAUGAACGGAGGAGAUGGACAGUACAGCUACACCCGCAAUUCGGGAGGGCAGAGAAGAGCAUGGGAGCUGCUGAAGGACUUGAUUGUCGAAGAGAUCGCUCAAAACCUUGAUGUGAUUAAACUCUUUUCAUCUUCUUCUUCAAGAGUAUUCAGGAUUGCUGAUUUUGGAUGUUCUGUUGGGCCUAACACAUUCAUUGCAGUGCAAAACAUCUUGGAUUCUGUUAAAAACAAAUACCAAUCUCAAGAAGAAGUUGAUUUUCAAGUGUUUUUCAAUGACAAAAUCUCUAAUGAUUUCAAUACUCUUUUCAAGAAUCUUCCUUUGGAUAGGCAAUAUUUUGUUGCUGCUGUGCCUGGUUUUUUUCAAGAUCGAUUGUUCCCCAAAAGUUAUCUCCAUUUCGUCCACUGCUCGUAUUCUCUUCAAUGGCUCUCAAAUGUCCCCAAAGAGGUACUAGACAAAGACUCUCCCGCAUACAAUAAGGGGAAAGUCUUCUAUUCAACUGCCGCAAACGAAGUUUAUGAGGCCUAUGAAGCUCAGUUUGCAAAGGACAUCACAUCUUUUCUAAAUGCCAGGGCAGAAGAGCUUGUCCAUGGAGGGUUCAUGGCCCUUUUGAUACCAUGCCUUCCAGAUGGUAUUCCUCGUUCGCAGUGCGAGCUUGAGGCAUCUUUUGAUUUACUUGGAGCCAGCCUCAUAGACAUGGUCAAAGAGGGUAUAGUUAGUGAAGCUUUGGUGGACUCCUUCAACUUGCCCUGUUACAAUGCAACUUCACAAGAAUUGAAGGGUUUAAUAGAGAAAAAUGCUUGUUUUAGCAUUGAGAGAAUGGAAACAAUAAUCCGGCGUGAAUUUUUCGAUGCGUCGAACAUACAAUACUUAAUGUUGCACUUCAGAGCUGUUUGGGAAGGUUUACUCAGUGAGCACUUCGGAUAUGAUAUUAUUGACGACCUAUUUGAUCGGUUUGCCAAGAAAAUCCUGGACUCUGCCAUGUUUUCAGAGUCAUCAAGGUACAAGAGAAUUGCUGAGUUGUUAAUCAUUCUCAAGCGAAAUGAUGCCUGAUCAUAAGAUAAUGUCUUUCUAGAGUAAAUUUCAAAGAUCUUCUUUAUGUUCCUGUGAAUCAAUAUCCUGAAACUCCUUCCUUUCAAUAUAUGUAUUUGUGGAAUCAGUAUAAUUAUCUGUAUUUGUGGAGAUUUUGGAUCUCUGGUAGACAUGGGUGUGAGAAUUAAUUUUGUGUAUUGGCAAUCUAUGUGACGGCACAUAAUUUUGCCAAAACAUUUCAUUU